GCCUCCGCCCAGGGCCCCCCAGCCCUCCCGUGGGCGCCCGGGGCCCCUACUGAGCACGCCUCCCGCACGCCCAGGUCCCUCAGACGGGCUGCAGCGCUCUGUCCCCGCGGGGCGAUGGGCUAAUGGGCGCCGGGGGACACAGGAUGCUGGGGGCGCCCGUGUGUCUGCUGCUGUCGCUGCUGCCUUGGCUACUGCUCCUGUUGCACGAAACUCAGGGCGCUCCCGGAUGCCCCGUCCCCAUCCGCAGUUGCAAGUGUUCGGGAGAGAGGCCCAAAGGACUAAGUGGCGGCGCCCCCAACCCAGCGCGCAGGAGGGUGGUGUGUGGCGGCGGGGACCUCCCGGAGCCUCCCGAGCCCGGCCUACUGCCUAACGGCACCGUUACGCUGCUCUUAAGCAACAAUAAGAUCACUGGGCUCCGGAAUGGGUCCUUCUUGGGACUGUCCCUGCUGGAGAAGCUGGACCUGAGGAACAACGUCAUCAGCACAGUGCAGCCUGGUGCCUUCCUGGGUCUGGGGGAGUUAAAGCGCCUAGACCUCUCCAACAACCGGAUUGGCUGUCUCACCUCAGAGACCUUCCAAGGCCUCCCCAGGCUUCUCCGACUAAACAUCUCUGGAAACAUCUUCUCCAGCCUGCAGCCUGGGGUUUUUGAUGAACUGCCAGCCCUUAAGGUUGUGGACUUCGGCACCGAGUUCCUGACGUGUGACUGCCACCUGCAAUGGCUGCUGUCCUGGGCCCGGAAUCAAUCCCUGCAGCUGUCGGAUCGUACACUCUGUGCCUACCCCAGCGCCCUACAUGCCCAGGCCGUGGGUGGCCUACAGGAGGCCCAGCUCCGCUGCGAGGGGGCCCUGGAGCUGCACACACACCACCUCAUCCCGUCCCUACGCCAAGUGGUGUUCCAGGGCGACCGGCUGCCCUUCCAGUGUUCCGCCAGCUACCUGAGCAACGACACCCGCAUCCGCUGGUACCACAACCGGGCCCCAGUGGAGGGUGAUGAGCAGGCAGGCAUCCUCCUGGCCGAGAGUCUCAUCCAUGACUGCACCUUCAUCACCAGUGAGCUGACCCUGUCUCACAUCGGCGUGUGGGCCUCGGGCGAAUGGGAGUGCUCCGUGUCCACGGUCCAGGGCAAUGCCAGCAAGAAGGUGGAGAUUGUGGUGCUGGAGACCUCCGCCUCCUACUGCCCUGCUGAGCGCGUGGCCAACAACCGCGGGGACUUCAGGUGGCCUCGAACUCUGGCUGGUAUCACAGCCUACCAGUCCUGCCUACAGUACCCCUUCACCUCGGUGCCCCUGAGUGGGGGCGCCCCGGGCACCCGAGCUUCCCGCCGUUGUGACCGAGCUGGCCGCUGGGAGCCCGGGGACUACUCCCACUGUCUGUACACCAACGACAUCACCCGGGUGCUCUAUACCUUCGUGCUGAUGCCCAUCAACGCCUCCAACGCUUUGACCCUGGCCCACCAGCUGCGAGUGUACACAGCUGAGGCUGCCAGCUUCUCAGACAUGAUGGAUGUAGUCUAUGUGGCUCAGAUGAUCCAGAAAUUUUUGGGUUAUGUUGACCAGAUCAAAGAGCUGGUGGAAGUGAUGGUGGACAUGGCCAGCAACCUGAUGCUAGUGGACGAGCACCUGCUGUGGCUGGCCCAGCGCGAGGACAAGGCGUGCAGCGGUAUUGUGGGUGCCCUGGAGAGAAUUGGAGGUGCUGCCCUGAGCCCUCAUGCCCAGCACAUCUCUGUGGUAAAGGGGAACUCAAGGAACGUGGCGUUGGAGGCCUACCUCAUCAAGCCCCACAGCUACGUGGGCCUGACCUGCACAGCCUACCAGAGGAGGGAGGCAGGAGUGCUGGCCGCUCGGCCCGGCGGCUCUGGCCGCCAUCUGUCCCUGGAGCCGGAACCACUGGCCGAUCAGCAGCUCCGCUUCCGCUGCACCACCGGGAGACCCAACAUUUCUCUGUCGUCUUUCCACAUCAAGAACAGCGUGGCCCUGGCCUCCAUCCAGCUGCCGCCCAGUCUGUUCUCAUCUCUUCCGGCUGCCCUGGCUCCCCCAGUUUCCCCAGACUGCACCCUGCAACUGCUCGUUUUCCGAAAUGGCCGCCUCUUCCGCAGCCACGGCAACACCUCUCGCCCUGGAGCUGCUGGGCCUGGCAAGAGGCGUGGGGUGGCCACUCCGGUCAUCUUUGCAGGAACCAGUGGCUGUGGCGUGGGAAACCUAACAGAGCCGGUGGCCGUGUCACUGCGGCACUGGGCCGAGGGGGCGGAACCUGUGGCAGCUUGGUGGAGCCAGGAGGGGCCCGGGGGGCCUGGGGGCUGGAGCUUUGAGGGCUGCCAGCUCCGAUCCAGCCAGCCCAAAGCCAGCUCUCUGCACUGCCAGCACUUGGGCAAUGUGGCUGUGCUCAUGGAGCUGAGUGCUUUCCCCAGGGAGGUAGGGGGCUCGGGGGCAGGGCUUCAUCCAGUCGUGUACCCCUGUACAGCCCUGCUGCUGCUCUGCCUCUUCUCCACCAUCAUCACCUACAUCCUCAACCACAGCUCCAUCCACGUGUCCCGGAAGGGCUGGCACAUGCUGCUGAACUUGUGCUUCCACAUGGCCAUGACCUCCGCAGUCUUUGCAGGGGGCAUCACCCUCACCAACUAUAGGAUGGUCUGCCAGGCGGUGGGCAUCACUCUGCACUACUCCUCUCUGUCCACACUGCUCUGGAUGGGAGUGAAGGCCCGUGUCCUCCACAAGGAGCUCACCUGGAGAGCACCCCCUCCACAAGAAGGGGACUCUACCCCACCAGCUCCCCGUCCUAUGCUCCGGUUCUAUUUGAUUGCUGGAGGGAUCCCACUCAUUAUCUGUGGCAUCACAGCUGCUGUCAACAUCCACAACUACCGGGACCACAGCCCCUACUGCUGGCUGGUGUGGCGUCCAAGCCUAGGAGCCUUCUACAUCCCCGUGGCUUUGAUUCUGCUGAUCACCUGGAUCUAUUUCCUGUGUGCAGGGCUGCGCUUAAGGGGUCCUCUGGCACAGAGCCCAAAGGGGAGCACCAAUAGAGUCUCCCUGGAGCCAGGGGAGGAACUGAGGGGUUCCACCAGGCUCAGGAGCAGCGGCCCCCUCUUGAAUGACUCAGGUUCUCUUCUGGCUACUGGAAGUACCGGGGUGGUAGCAUCCUCCGCGCCCCCGGAAGAUGGCGAUGGUCUCUAUUCUCCCGGCGUCCAGCUGGGGGCGCUGGUGACCACUCACUUCCUAUACCUGGCCAUGUGGGCCUGUGGGGCUCUGGCAGUGUCCCAGCGCUGGCUGCCCCGGGUUGUGUGCAGCUGUCUGUAUGGGGUGGCAGCCUCUGCACUAGGCCUCUUCAUCUUCACCCACCACUGUGCCAGGCGCAGAGACGUUAGGGCCUCCUGGCGUGCCUGCUGCCCCCCUGCCUCGGCCUCCCAUGCCUCCCCCAGAGCUGUGCCCGCUGCCCCCGAGGACGGUUCCCCAGUGUUCGGAGACGCUCCUUCCCUCAAGUCCUCCCCUAGCGGCAGCAGCGGCCACGGUCUGCCCCUGGGCCCCUGCAAACUCACCAACCUGCAGUUGGCCCAGAGUCAGGUGUGUGAGGUGGGGGUGGUGGCCCGCGGGGAAGGGGAACCGGAGCCUACGGGCUCCCGGGGGAGCCUCACCCCCCGCCACCCCAACAAUUUGCACCACGGACGCCGAGUGCACAAGAGUCGGGCCAAGGGGCACCGAGCCGGGGAGGCAGGAGGCAAGAACCGUCUCAAGGCCCUGCGUGGGGGCGCGGCAGCUGGGGUGCCCGAGCUGCUGUCCAGCGAGAGCGGCAGCGUGCACAACAGCCCAUCCGACAGCUACCCCGGCAGUAGCCGUAACAGCCCGGGUGCCGGCCUUCAGCUCGAGGGCGAGCCCAUGCUCACGCCGUCGGAGGGCAGCGACACCAGCGCGGCUCCCUUGUCGGAGGCCGGCCGGCCAGGCCAGCGCCGCAGCGCCAGUCGCGACAAUCUGAAGGGCGGUGCGCUGGAGGAGAGCAAGCGCCGCUCUUACCCGCUCAACACCGCCAGUCUGAACGGUGCCCCCAAGGGGGGCAAGUACGACGACAUCACCUUGACAGGCACGGAGGCCGCUGGAGGCGGCUGCAUGAAGACCGGCCUCUGGAAGAGCGAGACCACCGUCUAGGGUGGGGGAGGGCGGCGCUUUAGGACAGGCAGCCACUUGGCCUUAUCUGACCUCUCUAUGGCCCUCAAAGACGGUACGUCACAGGUUUGACGUAGAGGUGCCCUCGGCUGCACGAGGGGCUCACCAGCUUUAGUCCUAGAGGUUAGGAAAAGGAUAGGCAGAGGCCUAUCACUACCCAAAGGGCCAUUCCUCUGGGGUAGCGACAGACAAUCCCAGAACUACAGACAUGAGCCAUUUCUGCCCCGGCCCUGGCUAGUUUGGGCAGUCAAGUUGUCAGUGCCAUUCAGAGUUGGGGAGAGGUUCUGGUAGUUUGUGGAGUGCCAGUAGAGUGGCCAGCCACAGCCCAGCCCAGGUGGGCUCCUUUCUAGGUACUCCCCACAUCCUCCCACUCUGCCUCCCAGAGGUUCAACCAGCUCAUCACAGGAAGGCAGCUUGAGAACUGUCUUCUCACUGCCCUCUGAAGGUGGGUAUGCCGACUAGUGC